AUGACCGCUCUUCUCCCAAUGGCCAUCUACGGCCUCGAGGUUCCACCUGGCGAUGUCGCGAUCCCAGCUCGACCAGACAUUCCUGCUGCCUUCCGUGUCACCAUGGCCGCCAUCGACCCAUCCGCGGAGCCAGAGGGCGAGGACGGUGCUGCUUCUCGUGCGACCUUGAAGAUCAUCCGCCAGUCUCUCUUUGACGACGACUCUGACGAGGACGAUGAGGAUGACGACGAGUUCGACGUCGCUCGAAUGGAGGCUAUGCUCGCUGAAGAUGACGAGGACGAUGAGGACAGCGAGGAUGACGACCAGGAAGCCAACGGCGGUCCAAGUGAUCCAGCGAAGUCCAAGAAGGCCAGGAAGGAGGCUGCCCGCAAGCAGAUCCAGGAAUUGCUCGAGGACGCUGAGAUGGAGGAUGACUCUGACGAUGCGCCCAACGGCAUCAACGGCAUCAAGUCUGCCAAGGCGCUCGGCAAGAUGCCAGUCGGCGACGAGGACGACGAUGAGGACUCUGAUGACGAGCCAGAGGAGUUUGAGGAGUUCGUAAUUUGCACUCUGGACCCCACCAAGAACUACCAGCAGCCACUCGACAUCACUGUCGUCGAGAACGAGACCGUCCUUUUCAAGGUGUCUGGUACCCACAGCAUCUUCCUUACCGGCAACUACGUCGAGCCAGCUGGCCAGCAGGAUGGCCCAGGCAUGUACGACCCAGACAGUGAUGAGGAGGGCGACUACGACCUCGAGCCCGACAGCGAUGAGAUGUACGACGAAGACGACGAGGAAGAUGAGCUCGAUGACCUGGACAACCCUCGUGUCAUGGAGGUCGACGAAGAUGAGGAUGAAGAGGAAGCCCCAAAGCUCGUCGAGGCUACCAAGAGCAAGAAGGGCAAGAACAAGCGUCCUGCCGAGGAUGAAGACGCUGCGAAUGGCGCCUCCAUCGACGAGAUGAUCGCAAAGGAGGCCAAGAAGGACCAGGCCAACGGCGAGCCGACCUUGAGCAAGAAGCAGCUCAAGAAGCUGAAGAAGAAUGAUGGCUCUGCUACUGUCACUGCCACUGAAGAGGUCAAGGACGGAUCUGGCAAGAAGGUGCAGUUUGCCAAAGAGCUCGAGCAGGGCCCAACUCCCACCAAGGCCGACAAGAAGGACGACAAGACGAAGGGAGCUCUCGGCGUGAAGAAGGUCCAAGGCGUGACCAUCGAUGAUAAGAAGCUCGGUAGCGGUCCCGCUGCGAAGUCUGGCGACCGCGUUGGCAUGCGCUAUAUCGGCAAGCUGUCGAAGAACGGGAAGGUGUUUGACUCGAACAAGAAGGGCAAGCCGUUCUCGUUCAAGCUCGGAGUUGGCGAGGUCAUCAAGGGCUGGGACAUCGGCAUCGCUGGCAUGACUGCCGGUGGUGAGCGUCGUAUCACCAUCCCCGCCCAUCUCGCCUACGGCAGCAAGGGCGCCGGCAAGGACAUUCCACCGAACUCUGAACUUGUCUUUGACGUCAAGCUUCUCGAGAUCAACAAGAGCAAAUAA